UUUCCGGCCCCGGUCGCCAUUUCUAGCGGUUGCAGGUACUCACGAGUUGAGGUCUGCUGGGACAAUGAGCUAUGACUACCAUCAGAACUGGGGCCGCGAUGGUGGCCCCCGCAGCUCCGGCGGGGGUUACGGAGGAAGCUAUGGAGGCAACCAUGGAGGAGGCCAUGGGGGGAGCCGAGGCUCUGGAGGUGGUGGCGGCGGAGGGGGUGGUCGAGGCGGCCGAGGCCGACAUCCCGGGCACCUGAAAGGCCGCGAAAUCGGCUUAUGGUAUGCGAAGAAACAAGGCCAGAAGAACAAGGAAGCAGAGAGGCAGGAGAGAGCUGUAGUACACAUGGACGAACGACGAGAAGAGCAAAUUGUGCAGCUGCUACAUUCUGUGCAAACGAAGAAUGAUAAAGACGAAGAAGCACAGAUAUCCUGGUUUGCUCCCGAAGAUCACGGAUACGGUACUGAAGCUCCUGCUGAAAACAAACCAAAUUCAGUAAAGAAAGUUGAACAUCAGGAAAAAAAAAAGAUAAAUCAAGAAAAGAGGCCAUUUAGAAUCAGGGACAAAUACAUUGACCGUGAUUCUGAAUAUCUCUUUCAAGAAAAUGAACCAGAUGCAAUUCUAGACCAACAAUUAUUGGAAGAUUUACAAAAGAAAAAAACUGACCUUCGGUAUAUUGAAAUGCAGCACUUCAGGGAAAAGCUGCCGUCCUAUGGAAUGCAAAAGGAAUUGGUAAAUAUGAUUGAUAAUCAUCAGGUAACAGUGAUAAGUGGUGAAACCGGUUGUGGAAAAACCACUCAAGUUACUCAGUUCAUUUUGGAUAACUACAUUGAAAGAGGAAAAGGAUCUGCUUGUAGGAUAGUUUGUACUCAGCCAAGAAGAAUUAGUGCCAUUUCAGUUGCAGAGAGAGUGGCUGCAGAAAGGGCAGAAUCUUGUGGCAGUGGUAAUAGUACUGGAUACCAAAUUCGGCUCCAGAGUCGGUUGCCAAGGAAACAAGGUUCUAUCUUAUAUUGUACAACAGGAAUCAUCCUUCAGUGGCUUCAGUCAGACCCCCAUCUGUCCAGUGUUAGCCAUAUUGUGCUUGAUGAAAUCCAUGAGAGAAAUCUACAGUCAGAUGUUUUAAUGACUGUUGUUAAAGAUCUUCUCAGUUUUCGAUCUGACCUGAAAGUAGUAUUGAUGAGUGCAACAUUGAAUGCUGAGAAAUUUUCUGAAUAUUUUGGUAACUGUCCAAUGAUACAUAUACCUGGCUUUACUUUUCCGGUUGUGGAGUAUCUUUUGGAAGAUAUAAUUGAAAAAAUAAGAUAUGUUCCAGAACAAAAAGAACACAGAUCCCAGUUUAAGAAAGGUUUCAUGCAAGGGCAUGUGAAUAGACAAGAAAAAGAAGAAAAAGAAGCGAUCUAUAAAGAACGCUGGCCAGGUUAUCUAAGGGAAUUGAGACAAAGGUAUUCUGCAAGCACUGUAGAUGUUGUAGAAAUGAUGGAUGAUGAAAAAGUUGAUCUGAAUUUGAUUGCUGCCCUUAUUCGAUACAUUGUUUUGGAAGAAGAGGAUGGUGCAAUAUUGGUCUUUCUACCAGGCUGGGACAACAUCAGCACGUUACAUGAUCUCUUGAUGUCGCAAGUGAUGUUUAAAUCAGACAAGUUUAUUAUUAUACCUUUACAUUCUCUGAUGCCUACAGUUAAUCAGACACAGGUGUUUAAGAGAACUCCUCCUGGUGUUCGGAAAAUAGUUAUCGCUACCAACAUUGCAGAGACUAGCAUCACCAUUGAUGAUGUAGUGUAUGUAAUAGAUGGAGGGAAAAUAAAGGAGACGCACUUUGACACACAGAACAACAUCAGCACGAUGUCUGCUGAGUGGGUGAGCAAAGCCAACGCCAAGCAGAGGAAAGGCCGAGCUGGAAGAGUUCAGCCUGGUCAUUGCUAUCAUCUAUAUAACGGUCUUAGAGCAAGCCUUCUGGAUGACUAUCAACUGCCAGAAAUUUUAAGAACGCCUUUGGAAGAACUUUGUUUACAGAUAAAGAUUUUAAGACUAGGUGGAAUUGCUUACUUUCUUAGUAGGCUAAUGGAUCCACCAUCGAAUGAAGCAGUAUUACUCUCCAUAAAACACCUGAUGGAACUGAAUGCUUUGGAUAAACAAGAAGAAUUGACACCUCUUGGAGUUCACUUGGCACGAUUACCAGUUGAGCCACACAUUGGGAAAAUGAUUCUUUUUGGAGCUCUGUUCUGUUGCUUAGACCCGGUACUCACCAUUGCUGCUAGUCUCAGCUUCAAAGAUCCCUUUGUGAUUCCACUGGGAAAAGAAAAGGUCGCAGAUGCAAGAAGAAAGGAAUUGGCAAAGGAUACUAAAAGUGACCACCUGACUGUUGUGAAUGCAUUUAAGGGAUGGGAAAAAGCUAAACAACGUGGUUUCAGAUAUGAAAAAGACUAUUGCUGGGAAUAUUUUCUAUCUUCAAACACAUUGCAGAUGCUGCAUAGCAUGAAAGGGCAGUUUGCUGAGCAUCUUCUUGGAGCUGGAUUUGUAAGCAGUAGAAAUCCUCAAGAUCCAGAGUCUAAUAUAAAUUCAGAUAAUGAGAAGAUAAUUAAAGCUGUCAUCUGUGCUGGUUUAUAUCCCAAAGUUGCUAAAAUCCGACUAAAUUUGGGUAAAAAAAGAAAAAUGGUGAAAGUUUACACAAAAACUGAUGGAGUAGUUGCUAUUCAUCCUAAAUCUGUUAAUGUGGAGCAAACAGAGUUUCACUACAACUGGCUUAUCUAUCACCUGAAGAUGAGGACAAGUAGUAUAUACUUGUAUGACUGCACAGAAGUUUCCCCAUACUGUCUCUUGUUCUUUGGAGGUGAUAUAUCCAUCCAGAAAGAUAAUGAUCAGGAAACCAUUGCUGUAGAUGAUUGGAUAAUCUUUCAGUCUCCAGCAAGAAUUGCCCACCUUGUUAAGGAAUUAAGAAAGGAACUAGAUAUCCUUCUGCAAGAGAAGAUUGAAAGUCCCCAUCCCGUAGACUGGAAGGACACUAAGUCGAGAGACUGUGCUGUGCUCUCGGCCAUUACAGACUUGAUCAGAACACAGGAGAGAGCAGCUCCCAGGAGCCUGCCGCCACGCUUCCAGGACGGGUGUCACAGCUGACCGGCGUUCUCUGUGCCCGGAGAGGCCACUUGACCCCUGUCUUCCAUCACGGUUUAACUCCGGCCAGAUGCCAAACCCCAGGAUAUGAGUAAUUCUAAUGUGUAAGGUAGAAACCUUCAGUAGGUAGUAAAGACUUAAUGUGCAUGAAUUAACAGUUGUCUGUAGCUACUAUAAAUACACCAUAAAAAGCAGGAAGUUCUCUGAUCAUACAUUCUUACUGUGGUCGUGCCCACAUUUUGAGAAUAUUCCUCUUAUGUACUUUGAAUGUUGUGCCACUUGAGAAAGUCCUUUGUUAUGAAAUAUUAAUCUUUCUGCCCAUAAUGACCAAGUAUAGAAUCAGUAAAACUAGAAUGAUUAGCUAAAAAGCAGUGUCAAAUAAGAAUUUCGGCACAUCCACAUUUUUUCUAAUGAAACUUCUGUCAGAAGUAAAUUAAUUUGUUGUAAUAAAGUCCAGUAUUUAAUAAAAUGUACAGUGUGUAAAUCUCA